GCCUAGGGCUGCUCGAUUCGCCUCGCUCCCGCCGCCACCGCCUCGGCGCCCUUCCCCUGGCCCUUGUCCGCCAAAUGUCUGACUCUGACUCUCGGACUGAGAAACGCAAGAAAAAAAGACCAAAUGGCAAAGCAACCUUCCGAUGUAAGUUCUGAGUGUGACAGAGAAGGUGGACAGUUGCAGCCUGCUGAGAGGCCUCCCCAGCUCAGGCCUGGGGCCCCUACCUCCCUACAGACAGAGCCGCAAGGUAAUCCUGAAGGCGAAGGGGACCGCUGCCCCCACGGCAGCCCUCAAGGCCCGCUGGCCCCACCGGCCAGCCCCGGCCCUUUCGCUACCAGAUCCCCGCUAUUCAUCUUUGUGAGAAGAUCCUCUCUGCUGUCUCGAUCCUCCAGUGGGUAUUUCUCUUUUGACACAGACAGGAGCCCGGCACCCAUGAGUUGUGACAAAUCAACACAAACCCCAAGUCCUCCUUGCCAGGCCUUCAACCAUUAUCUCAGUGCAAUGGCUUCCAUGCGGCAAUCUCAGGCUGAACCUGCAGAUGUGCGCCCGGAGAUAUGGAUUGCGCAGGAGUUGCGGCGUAUUGGAGACGAGUUUAAUGCAUAUUAUCCAAGGAGGGUAUUUUUUAACAAUUACCAAGCAGCCGAAGACCACCCACAAAUGGUUAUCUUGCGACUGUUACGUUACAUCAUCCGCCUGGUGUGGAGAAUGCACUGAUGGUUUCUUCUCGGAGCCGAGAUGUGUGCAGACAUUCGCUUGCUCACACCGACAGGCCCCAGCACCACUGGCUCCUGGUGCCAUUACUGUGCCGCUGGCGGUUCUUUCCCAGAGAGGAUGUGCAGAGGGCCAGGGAAACGCGUUCAGAAGACACCGAGCUGGACACGCACCCAGCCUUCCUGUUCAUCACCACACGGCAGAAUUCCUAAUGGAAGUUUGUUGUGAAUGUAAAUGAGGGAGGUUUUUCUUUUUCUUUUUAAAUGUACAAAUCAUGGUUCUUUGGAGCAGGAUUUUA